UUAUCUUUAUACGUAUUAUUGUUUUAAACCUGGUACAAAAAAAGAUAUUGAACAACAACUGAUCAUCAGAAGCUCAUACUGGUUCAAACCUUAGAAACAUGCCAAAGAUCAAGACUACAAAGUCGUCUAAAAGGUAUGCGUUCUCGUCCUUUCGGGAGAGAGUAGACGCCAUAAAGAUUGAACCUUCAAAAAAGCUCAAUAGAAAAGCUUUUGAUGACGCUGAAACUUCACAUUUUAUAUCUUCUUAUGAGCGUUGGAGUGAGAUUAAUAGAUCAGCUGUAUUUACAGACUUUGUUGAGAACGUCGCUCCAUUUUGUCAAAGUCUUCCUCAAAUCUUGCACUACAAAUCAAAACUUUUUGAAGAGUUGAAAACCCACAUUUCAAAACAUGAUCAUUUGUCUUUACAACCAUUAUUAGAACUUUUGACCCAAUUUUGUCAUGAUCUAGGUCCUGAUUUCAUGGAAUUUUAUGAUGAAUCGUUGAAAUUGAUCACUUCGUUGGCACUAGAUCAAAAUGAUUCAAACACUCUAGAAUGGGAAUUCAAUUCUCUUGCAUAUAUUUUCAAAUAUUUAUCAAGAUACUUGUCUCAAGACCUAAUACCCACUUUCCAAUCAUUGGAUCCACUUUUGAAAUCAAAAGAUCACAUAUCAAGAUUUUCAGCUGAGGCUUUAGCAUUUUUGGUUAGAAAGACAUCACAAGAAGAACUGGCUAAGGUUGCAACUUUUGUCUUUGAGCAUAUUUUUGAUCUUCAAUACAAAAGAGCCGCUAUAAUAUUAUUCAGUGAAUCAAUGAAAUCUACAAAAGGUUCUAUACACUCCAAGUCAUCUUUGAUCAUUCGUACAUUACUUGCAAACGUUGAUUCAGAUGCUUCUUCUGUUGUCGUUGGUGAUGUUCUUUUGAGUGUUAUUUCCUAUGGUUCUCAGGAAGCUGUUGAGACUUUGUAUGAGAUUGUUUUAAAAGAAAGUACCAACAAACUUGAUGCUGAUGGCUCAUAUUUACAAUAUCAUUUAAGAAUUUUGACCACUUUGAUCUUUGCUGAUUCUGGUAAAAAAGUUCCAAAUUGGGAAUCCAUUUCUUCUUGCAUUGAAUCAACAUUUGAGAAAUUCCCUCCAAAAGAAAUGAAUAACGAUUCUAAAUGUUUGUUAACAUACCUGAUUGCAAUUUUUUUCCGUAAUUCAGAAAUCAAAGAAUUAACCAAAUUACACAGCUUUUUGCUUCGUUCAAUGAUCACUUUGGAUAACUUAUUUCUACCAUUCAUUAUGCAAAUAUUUAAUUUAUCAAAACAAAGAGCAAUUAAAUUUUCAGUCCCUUACAUUCAAGAAUUCAUCAAUAAACACUGGAAAUCAAAUGUUCAACAGAUUGCAUAUUUUUUGGAAGAUCUUGAAGAGAAAGAGUUGCUAGGAGAAACCAAUGACGAUGAAAAAAUUGCGCUUAUAGUACCACUGAAUGUUGCUGAAAAUUUGAAAGAAGAUUUAUUGAAUUUAAACGUUGGUGACGUCUCUUUAUUUGAAAUAUUUUGGAGAUUAUCAUUGAUUUCACAUUCUUCGUUUUACAAUAAAUCAUUUGUAUCUGAACUUUUCACCAAAAUUGAUCAGUCAGUUGAGCUGUCAACAUUCAAGCAAACUGUUUUAUCAAAAUUGAUUGGUUUAUUUGCUUUGGAAGAUGCCAAUGAGGUUCAUGAGUUGAUACUUGAUAAUUUCUCAAAGUUAGUUACCAACAAAGAGUUUAUCAAGAAUGCUUCAAAGUUUCUUGUUUCAUCAAUUAAAAGUCUUGAUUCAAAUACAGUUUUCGAACUAAUUGACCUGCUCACUCACAAUCUUGCACUACCAGACCAUGAGAUAAGAGCCAACUCCCUGGAACUCAUCAAUGCUUUAUCACAAACUCUUGAUGAAGAAUUAUCAAAUUUGGCAAAUCAAUGUUUAAUUAUUGAACAAAUUCCACUUGUGCUUGAUACUGCUCGUGAUAUUGCCAUAAGAACUAGAAACUUGGCCGCGUAUUUCAAAAAUACCAAAACAAAUGAAUUCAAAAACAAAGUUUACUUCCGUUUCCUAUUUGGUCUAUUGACAGUGAAAUUCGCCCCAUCAUGGGAGGCUGUUUUUGAAGUGUUGCCAAAUACUUAUCAAAAAUCACCGGAGUUAGUUUGGGAGUUAGUGGUUAGAUAUUUGAACAGACCAAAACUUGAUAAAGAUUCCAUUUCAAAUACUUUAGAUGAGGUUGAAGAUCUUGAUUUUGCUCAACAAUGGAGCUCAAUAGAGACGAGACUAGUCUCCAUCAUUGGCCAUUUGACUACUUCCAUCAAUAAGUACACCAAUUCGCAAACUUCUUUAAUGGAGUUGGUUGAACAACAAUAUCCUGCUUUGAAAUACCCAGAAAUUGCAGCUGCCCAUGCUGUUAAGGUGUUGAAGAAAAUUCCUCAAUUAGCUGAGAAAAACGCUGCAUACUUGGCAUCCAUUGUUCUUAAUGAUCAAAUUGAAGAUGAUCAAGAUAAUGAGGAAGAUGAAGGAGAAGAAGAUUUGGAAUUUGGUAAAAUGAAUUUAAACAGACAAGAUGGUAAUGCUGUUCUUGAACUUUUCAGUUUAUUCAAAAGGCUCAAAGAUUCACCAAGAGCUGAUGAAUUGUAUGAAUUAUUCUUGAGGUUAUUGUCCAGUAAGACUCCAGCUGUCAGAAAAAUUGCGUUGAGUUGUCUUUUAAAUUUCAAGUUUGAACAAAUUAACAAGUAUAAGGACAACUUGAACAACUUACUUGAUGAUUCUUUGUUUAGGGAUGAGGUUUCAAAUAUAUUUUCAAGAGGUGAUUCCUCAGUAUUGGAAGAGAGUGAUUUAGACCGUGUUUUUCCUUUGAUUUUAAGAAUUCUUUAUGCUAGAGCACAAAUUACAGUCACCAACGGAACAAAGAGAGGGUUGAAGUUUUCUGCUAUCAAUACACUUCCAAAUAUCCAACCAAAGUAUGUUGAUUUGUUUUUAGGUUAUUUGUCAGAGAAAGUUUACGGUGGCAAUGAGCUAAUUGAAGUGGACGAAAAAGCAUUAAGUGAAGUUACAAUCUCAUCUUUGAAAAGAGCACAAGGGUUCUCAAAUCUGUUGUUCGAUAUAUUGUCGUCCUUAGGAGAAAAAUUCGUCGCAAAUACUUCAAAUGUGAUUACUCCUUUAAUUAACUCUCUGAUGUUGGCUCAAAAGGUUAUAGAUGACUCGCAAGAUCAACAAUUGGCAGCAUCAGCAAGAAACACUAGACAAUCAGGAAUGAAGAGUUUACUGCUUUUAUUCAAUUUGGCAAAUGAUUUUAACUGGGAUGAUUAUAUCGAAUCUAUUUAUGAAAAAGUAUUGGCUCCUCGUUUUGUUCACUUUGAAGGUGAGAAUCUUCAACAACCAUCAUCUUUGUUGAGACUGAUGAUUUGCUGGUCUGAGCAUCCAAAUUACCAUGAGUUAUUGCUUAUCAAUCAAAAUGAACCUGCAAUCAAAGUUUUGUCGCUUUUAGGGAACACAAAUGCUAAAGGUGAGGUUUUGGAAAAAGUUCUUGAUUUUGCUGUAAAUAUUAUAAGCUCUGUGCCACAAAAGAGAAAAUUUCAAAAAUUAUUUUCCAUCGUUUCUGAAAGUGCUUUUGAAAACAUUCCAUCAAUUUUAAGCCGCAUUUCUGAUCAAAAACUGUACACAAAAGCAAUUGGUUUGUUAUUGGCCCUUGUGGAGAACAAGCAUGUUCAAGAUCAAAACAAGAGACAAGAAUUGGUUGAUUUUUCUACAAAAUUGUUAGAGAAGCCUUCUGUCAACUUACCGAAAGACAUUAGACACCAAAUUUUGAGAAUUUUACAAGCUUUAGUUGAUGAAUUUGAUGGUGAAUUUGAAGAUAUUGUGAACCUUUUCAAAGUUUGUUCCAAAUUUUUAAAAAUUUUCACAGAGAAAGAGCAACGUGUUCAUUUAGUUGAUUUGUUUGUUAAGAUUGGUGAGAAGUUUGAGCAAUUGCAACAUGUAACUUCCUUGAUUGCAGACUUGAGUUCGUAUUCCAACAAAAGAUUGAAUGAAUAUGACUAUGAUAGAAGAUUGGCUGCUUAUAAAAAGAUCAAUGAUGCUGGUUACCUCGAACUAUCUUCUCUUGAGUGGACCCCUAUUUUGAACUUGAUGCUAUAUGCUGUCAAAGAUGAAGAUUUAUCAGUGAGAUCAAAUUCAAGCUAUUCACUAAGACGCUUCAUUGAUAUUUUCACAGUUGAAAAAAAAGAAAGAGACGCUACAUUUAAUUUGUUAUUGAAAGAUUUGUUGUUACCAAAUUUAAGAACGGGUCUUAGAGCAAAAGAUGAGAAUGUUCAUUUUGAAUUUGUUUCAUUGCUAUCUCACAUUGUCAAUAACUCUGAAUAUUUUGACGGCUUCAAAGAUCUACAGGUUCUUUUAUUUAAUAAUGAUGAGGAAGCUAAUUUUUUCAUCAAUGUUGGGCACAUUCAACUUCAUAGACGUCAAAGAGCUAUUAAAAGGCUUGGUGAAUUUGCAAAUAAAUUAUCAAGCUCUAAUAUAUCUCAUUAUUUGCUACCAAUGAUUGAACGUUAUGCAUUUUAUGAAGAUGAAAAAUUAAGAAAUAUCUCAAAUGAAACUGUUUCCACUAUUGAGAGUUUGAUGAAGUAUGUUACUUUCAAACAGUAUCAAGCAAUUUUCAGAAGAUAUCUUAGCGGAUUGAAAGAUGAAAGUGAUCAUUUGAGAGAUUCUGUUAGCUUGAUUGUUACUGUCUCAAAAGCUUUGAUGAAUGUUAUUUUAGAAAAGAGAGAAAGUGAUGAUGAAAGCAUACUAUCGGGAUUACCGAAAGAAGAAGCCUCACUAGACAACCUUAUUGAAACUGAACUAAUAGGGCCACUAUCAAAGAUCUUGAAUAAAAGAAAUGACGAAACAAUUGUUUUGAGAACUCCAUUGAUUGAAGCUUUAUCUUGUUUGGUUUUAUGUUUGUCUCAUGAAAGAAUUGUGGCUGUGCUACCGGGUGUUCUUACAAAUGUUUGUCAAGUUAUGCGUGCUAAGUCAGAUGAAACUAGGGAUGCAACUAGAAAACAUAUCGGAAAAGCUGCUUCUAUAUUGGGUGCUAGAUAUGUCAAGUUCAUCAUAAAUGAGCUUAAGACCGCACUUUCAAGAGGUUCUCAAAUCCAUGUUUUAGGAUUUACAGUUCACUCUAUUCUAGCGUCAAUGAAUCUUGAUCAUGGCGAUCUUGAUGAAUCAUCAGAAAUUUUAAUGGAGAUUGUGAUGGAAAAUAUGUUUGGCUCAACUGGUCAAGAAAAGGAAGCCGACAACUAUAGAACUACUAUGAAAGAAAUCAAGUUCAACAAAAGUUUUGACAUUGCUGAAAUUUUAUCAAGGGUUGUUAGUUUGUCACGUUUUAAUACUAUAGUGAACCCAAUCAAGCUUUUGCUACGUGAAAGAAUAACUUUUAAAGUUCAAAAUAAACUAGAUGAGUUGAUUAGAAGAAUUUCAUUGGGAACUUAUAAAAACUCUGAGUUGAGCUCACAUUCUAUGCUGGUCCUUUGUUACGAGCUGUUUUCAGAAUCCAAAAAAGUUUAUGAUGGAUCUUAUAAGGCACCAGCAAAAGCCUCGAAUAAGGAUGAAGGUCAUUUCUUAGUGCAGUUAGAAUCUAAACCUUUAAAAGUUGAAACUGAAAAUUCAUUGUUUAUUGAUACUUUCCAAAAACUUUCAUUGGAUUUACUCAGAACUACAUUGAGUAAGAAUGAUACUUUUGUCAAUGCUGAAAGUUUGGCUGGAUUCUUACCUUUUUUUGAGGAUGCACUGAAGUCAGAUAAUGAAGGUGUUAUUGUAAGCACGCUGAGAGUUUUGGGAUUGAUUAUGGAUGUGCCAUUUGAAACAGAAUCUGAUAUUUUCAAAUCAUGUGCAAGAAGAUGUCUAUCAAUAAUCAAAAACUACCCUUCAACAGAAUCUGAACUUUGUCAAGCUUGUUACAAAUAUCUCUCCAACAUCAUUCGUCACAGAGAGGAUCUUUCUUUGAAGGAAAGUUCUUUAGGAUACUUGCUGGUGAGAAUUCAACCGGAUCUUCAAGAGCAAAGUAGACAAGGUAUGGCUUUCAACUUUUUAAAAGCUUUGGUUGCAAAGCAUGUUAUGAUUCCAGAGGUUUAUGACACUAUGGACAAAAUUAGAGAAGUUAUGGUUACAAGUCAUUCUAAGGAGAGAAGGGACAUGUCUCGAAGCAUCUAUUUCCAAUUUAUCAUGGAGUAUGACCAAGGUAAAGGUAGACUUGAGAAACAAUUCAAAUUUUUGGUGAACAAUUUGAGCUACCCAGCAGAGACUGGUAAACAGUCAGUCAUGGAAUUGAUUCAUUUAAUUCUACAGAAAUCUGGACGUGAACUUCUAGAGGCUCUCUCAUCGUCAUUUUUCGUUGCAUUAGCAAAGGUCUUGAUUUCAGAAACUUCAACCAAAACUAGGGAAAUGUCAAUUGCUUUGAUUUCUUCAAUAUUUGAGAAAAUGGGGACUGAACCCUAUGAGAAGUACAUCUUGGGUUGGUUAAAUUCUCAAAACUCUUCAUUACUCAGAUGCUCUUUACAACUUUAUAGAAUCAAACUCAAGGUUAAUUCACUUUUUGGUAAUGAAUUGGAUGAUGCUGUUAUUGCUUCGAUCAAAUCAAUUUUGGAGAGUUCUGAAGCUAAUUCUGUUGAAACUGUGAAAUGGGAACUUGUUUACAGCUCGCUUUCAUGCUUGUCACUUGUGGUGGAAAAGGACAUUAAUGUAUUUGAAAAAGAUAUGGUGAGUAAUAUCAUCAAUUGUUUGCUUUUCCCACACUCUUGGAUUAGACUGGCAUCCAGUAGGUUGGUUGGAGUUUUAAUGAAAAAGUCCUCUUUAUUAAGCUCCGAUGAUAUUCAAAAUGUUGCGUACAGGUUAGUCCAUCAAUUGCGUGCUCCGUCUGUUGAUGAAGCACUUGGCUCACAAGUUGUGAAGAAUUUAACUCAUUGUGUUAUUUAUUGGGAGAAAACUGAUGAAGAGGAAGAAGAAGCAGAUGUUGUUUCCAAGGCUGAUCAAAAAAUGGAUAGUUGGUUGAUUAACAAAGUGGGUGGAAUUAUCAGAUCAGAUCGCUUGAGUUUCGUCUCUAAGAAGUCAUGUGUUCAACUGCUGGCUUUAAUGAUUCAAUUAAUGAAAGCUGAUAGACUAAAAGAAGUUACUGAGAAUUUGAUUUCUCCACUAUUCAAUUUGACAGAGUUUGAUACUGACGAUGUUCAAAAACAAGAGUUACAAACUCUGGCCUUGGAAUGUUUGAAAAUGAUUGAAGAUAAAGUUGGUGUUACUGAUUAUACUCAGGCAUAUUCAAAUGUUCGCCAAUCUGUUUUAGAGAGACGUCAAGAAAGAAGAACCAAAAGAGCAAGACUAGCCAUCACAGCACCAGAAGCUGUUGCCAGAAGAAAGAUUAAAAAACAUGAAAGAUCUAGAGUUAAGAGAAAGCACGAAAAGGAUGAAAAUGGUUAUUAUCACACAAAAAAGAAAACACAAAGAAGAAACUGAGAAUUAGAAGAAAAGGUGAAUAUUUUGUAAAUUAAAAAUUAUUGCAUUACAGAAAAAAAUAAACUUCGUAGCCAUUUAAAUCAAUUGAUAGUAUAGAUCAUUGUAUUUAAGGUUCCGAGUUUUCAACUUUCUCUUGUUUAUCAUCAUUUGAAGCACCCACCUUUACUGCUUUUGCCUUUUUCGGUUUGUUUGCUUCAUAUAUUGCCAUUUCUUUUGAAUAUCUUUCUUUAUCUUCGUUAUAGAUGUCAUAAUAUGGUUUUCUAUCUUCUUCACUUAGUUGUUUCCAAGCUUCACCCAAAGUUUUCGAUAAAUCUAUUUGUUUACCUUCAGCUUCAGCUUCCUUUUUGAAUUUCUCCUUCUCCAACUCACAAAAG